AUGGCUCCCAAGCAGGCAACUCUCGGCAAGUUCUUCGGCGGCAACACGAAUGGCACGAAACCAGCACCGGCACAAGCGAAGCUCAAGUUCUCCUCAAAGGCCAAGCCCGAAGAGGAAGAUGCUGCUGAAGACGCGACCACACCCGGAGCGGUCAAGAGCGACGAGACGAAUGGUCACGUGGAGUUUGAGGAUGUGAAGAUGGAAGACGCCACGCAGAUCAAGGCAGAAGUGGAGGAAGCGGCCGAUGCGGCUUCUGAGGUGAAGAAGGAAGACCCGCCGUCGAGCUCUGGGAAGAAGCGUGCAGUAUCUGCUGUAGAUGAGGGUGAGGGAGAUGAUGCUGAAGAUGCACCACCAUCGAAGAAGCAACGUCAAAAGCCUAGUGAGACGAAGGCGAAGAAAGGCGUGGCGACGAAGAAGACCUUGAUCAGGGGCAAAGCUACUACGUCUGAGGAAUCACCAGAUACUGUAAUCCCGAAACGACCGAAGCUCGUCACGGCCGAAGCAGAGGAUGUCGGCAUGGAUCUGGAUCAGGCUGAGGAUGAAGAAGACGAGCCGGUUCAACCAAAGAAGCGAGGUAAAGCUACGAAAGCAGUACCAGCGCCUGAUCCUUCUCCGACAGAAGCAGAGGACUCAAAGACGAAUGAAAGCGAGCCAGAUACGGAGGCCGAAGAUGAAGUGAGUGAGGAUGAAGAUGAGAAGCUGGCUGUUUCAGCCAAGGCUCGAGCACAAAUCCAGAGCACGCUUUCAUCUGCCAGCAAAAACGCAUAUCCAGAUUGGAAAGGUGGAGAUCCUGUUCCUUAUGCCGCACUUUGUGCCACUUUCUCGAAGAUCGAGAUGACCACGAAACGGCUGGAGAUCCUGGCACUAUGUGCAGCCUUCUACCGACAAGUACUGAGACUUACGCCAGAAGACCUGUUGCCCACCGUGCUCCUGACCAAGGGAAAGCUCGCGGCAGAUUAUGUAGGCAUCGAACUUGGCAUUGGCGAGUCGUUGAUCAUGAAGGCCAUUGGUGAGUCGACUGGACGUAGUCUGAAGAUCAUCAAGGAAGAUCAGCAGAAGAUUGGAGACCUUGGUCUAGUAGCUGCCAAAAGUCGACAAAAUCAGCCCACCAUGUUCAAGCCCAAGGCACUUAGUGUGCGUGGCGUGCAUGAAGGUUUGAUGAAGAUCGCAACUGUUGAGGGGCAGGGCGCGCAAGGUCGAAAGGUGGAUGGAAUCAAGAAGCUACUUUCCUCGGCAGACGUGGGUCUAGCAAAGGGACAGAGUGUGGACAUCACCAAGGAUAAAGGCGGGCCCAGCGAAUCGAAAUUCAUCAUCCGAGCACUGGAAGGUAAGAUGAGAUUGGGUCUUGCGGACAAGAGUCUGCAAGUUGCUGUCUCGCAUGCUAUGGUUGCAUAUGAGGUUUCGAAAGACGGCAAGAAAAUGCCCUCCGAAGCUGAUCUGAAGAAGGGCGAGGAGAUCUUCAAGGCUGUGUACAACGAACUACCUGCAUACGAAGUGAUCAUCCCUGCUUUGCUCAAAGGCGGUAUUUGGAAUCUGCGUGACGCUUGCAAGCUACAGGCUGGUGUGCCGCUCAAGCCCAUGCUUGCGAAGCCCACCAAGUCUAUUAGCGAAGUUCUGGACCGGUUUGAAGGAAAGGAUUUCACUUGCGAGUACAAAUACGAUGGCGAGCGAGCUCAAAUACACUUCGUGGCGCAUGACGCUGGUGAAGAAUAUGCCGCAACGGUGGCGCCGAAGGAGGGUAAAAGCGAUCGCGGCAUGUCCAAUAUCUUCUCCCGGAACAGCGAAGAUCUCAGCAAGAAGUACCCAGACAUCCUUGCGAAGUUGCCGACGUGGGUGAAAGAAGGAACGAAGUCAUUCGUGCUCGACUGCGAGACUGUGGCAUGGGACGUGGAGAAGAAGCACGUCCUCCCCUUCCAACAACUCAUGACGCGCAAAAGAAAAGACGUAAAGGCCGAGGAUGUGAAAGUCAAAGUCUGCGUCUUCGCCUUCGACCUCUUAUAUCUCAACGGCGAGGCAGUCGUCAACAAACCCUUUCGCGAGCGUCGCGAUCUCCUGUACGGCACCUUCGAACCAGUAGAAGGAGAGUUUGCCUUUGCACAAUACGGCAACACACGCGAAAUCGAGGAGAUCCAAACCCUGCUCGAAGACUCCAUCAAAGCGUCCUGCGAAGGCUUAAUGGUAAAAAUGCUCGAUGGCGUAGAAUCCCACUACGAGCCCUCCCGCCGCUCUCAGAAUUGGCUAAAAGUCAAGAAAGACUACCUCGCCGGUGCGGGCGACUCCCUCGAUCUCGUAGUCCUAGGGGCCUACUACGGCAAAGGCAAACGCACUUCCGUCUACGGCGCCUUCCACCUCGCCUGCUUCAACUCCGACACCGAGACCUACGAGACCGUCUGCAACAUCGGCACCGGCUUCUCCGAAGCCCUCCUCUCCGAACUCCACGAAACCCUCUCACCCCUCGUCAUCGAACGCCCGAAACCCUUCUACGACCACAGUUCCGGCAAGAACGACCAGCCAGACGUCUGGUUCGAGCCAAAAUUCGUCUGGGAAGUCAAGACGGCGGAUUUGACGUUGAGUCCAAGGUAUCGAGCGGCGAGUAGUGAGUUCGGGGGCGAUGGGAGUCAUAAGGGUGUUAGUUUGAGGUUCCCGAGGUUUAUUCGCGUGAGGGAUGAUAAAAAGGCGGAGGAUGCGACGAGUUCGAAGCAGGUUGCUGAGAUGUAUAGAAGGCAGAGUGAGCAGGGGAAGGAGAAGAAGACCGGGGUUGAUGAUGAGUUUGAGUACUGA